CCUGCCCGAGACCAGCUUAUCACUUCACCUUAUUCAGUAGUCUUCUCUAGAGCAGAGCAGGUCACCUCACCAUGGCUGCCUCCACCCCGACCUCCUCCGGCCUCAAGCCCAACCCGGCCUUCUCCUGCGGUCGCUCCUUCCUCGGCUCCCCUCUCGCCCCGCCCUCCUUCCUCCGCCUCCAACCCGCCCGAUCCGCCGCCCUCUCCGCCUCCAUGUCCGCGGGGCCCCCGCCUUACGACCUCUCCGCCUUCAAGUUCGACCCAAUCAAGGAGUCCAUCGUCUCCCGCGAGAUGACCCGCCGCUACAUGACGGACAUGAUAUCCCACGCUGACACCGACGUCGUCAUCGUUGGCGCCGGCUCGGCUGGGCUCUCCUGCGCAUACGAACUCAGCAAGAACCCCUCCGUCCGGGUGGCCAUCGUCGAGCAGUCCGUCAGCCCGGGCGGCGGCGCAUGGCUCGGCGGCCAGCUCUUCUCCGCCAUGGUGGUGAGGAAGCCGGCGCACCGGUUCCUCGACGAGCUCGGGAUCGAGUACGACGAGCAGGACACGUACGUCGUGAUCAAGCACGCGGCCCUGUUCACAUCCACCAUCAUGAGCAAGCUUCUGGCCCGGCCCAACGUGAAGCUGUUCAACGCCGUGGCGGUAGAGGACCUGAUCGUCAAGGACGGGCGGGUCGGCGGAGUCGUCACCAACUGGGCCCUCGUCUCAAUGAACCAUGACACCCAGUCCUGCAUGGACCCCAACGUCAUGGAGGCCAAGGUGGUAGUGAGCUCAUGCGGCCACGACGGGCCUUUCGGGGCCACCGGGGUGAAACGGCUCCGCAGCAUCGGCAUGAUUGACAGUGUCCCCGGGAUGAAGGCCCUCGACAUGAACACCGCCGAGGACGCCAUAGUCCGCCUCACCCGGGAGGUCACCCCUGGGAUGAUUGUCACCGGCAUGGAGGUCGCGGAGAUUGACGGAUCUCCCAGGAUGGGCCCAACAUUUGGGGCGAUGAUGAUAUCGGGGCAGAAGGCAGCCCACCUCGCGCUGAAAUCGCUGGGGCUGCCCAACGCAUUGGACGGGUCGUUUGUAGGGAAGAUUCACCCGGAGCUCAUCCUUGCUGCUGCUGAAUCCGCCGAGAUCGCCGAUGCUUGAGGCCAGCCAACCGUCGAGAAAAUCUCAAGAACUAGAGAGGGAGAGAGUGAUUAGGAGUUCUAAUUAGUAGGGCGGCGGAGAUGGGCAAUGUCUUUGGGCCUCUUGUCUUGUGUGUUAAUAAGGAUGAAUGUGGAUGGUUUGAUGUUUAGAGCUUUUUGAAUUUCCCUUGUUAGCGUAAUGGAAAUGGAACGCUUGUGGAGGAAUUUCCUAAAAGAAAUGGAGGAAGAAAAUAACUCUUUCCUAGUC